AUGAACUCCUUGGCCUUUACUCUGCAACUUCCAGUAUCGGAAUCACGGUAUCCAUACACUUACAGCAAUUCCGGUCCAAAAAAUAACGGUGAGCGUUUGACUAGUAGGACAAGUGUCAAUAAAAGUAAGCAAAUUACAAAAGAAUCUACUGUAAGGAACAUUAAGAAGGACAGCAAUGAUUCCACAGUACCGAAUAAAAAUCCUUUCAAACUACCGCAACAUAAGCUGGUGUUUAGCAAACCUAUUAAAAAGAAAAAAGAAACAUUUACUAAUUAUAAAUUGGACGAGCCAAAGACUAUAUGUGAUGUAGAUGAAAAAUUCUAUAAGAUUAUAGAAGGACGUCCACUUAGACAAUUUUCAGACAUAAAAGUCUAUAUGACGAAUAUAAGAGAUAUAACCCUAUUUAAGGCAAAUGCUGCUUAUCUUAGGGAUGAAAUACUACAAAUGGUUAAUUCUAAAUCAGAGGAGAUGGAGGAAUAUGAAAACAUUUUAAAACUUUAUACCAGCGUUAGAUCUAGUUUUAUAAGUUUUAUUAGAAACGGCUAUAGAAAAGCUAAAAGAAGUGAGCAACUUUGCAAAAAAUUAGAAAUUAGAAUCUGUGAUGUAACUGAAGAGUUGAACGAAUACUGUUUCAUAUACAACAAACUUAGAUGUGAAGUUGAUGAUUUAGAUGCAAUUUUUGAUUUUUUAUCAAAAUAUGGUGAAUUCCUUUAUGAUAUAUCUCCUAAUGUUUGGAAAAAAUCGCGUAGAAUUAUGUUUCUUAAAGCAUCAGGGCUUUUAAGAGCGCUAUCGUCUGACGUCUACACUCCAUCCAAACCAUCUAUUAAUAAAUACGAUGGCUUUAUAACAGCUUUCAAAACAAAUGAGCCGCAAUUGUAUUUUAAGAAACCAGCGCAGUUGUAUUACAUUUUUGAUGAAUUAAGUAAACAGUGCCUUAAUUACAUGCAAAAAGAAGUUUUUAUAACUAGUCUUAAGAAUAAUGUUCUAAGACGAAAAGAUUAUCUAAAAAAAGUUAUUGAAUGGGAAGCUGAUGGAUUAAAGUAUGCUGUUGACUAUUACGAGAAACAAAUACGUUUCUAUGAACUGAAAGAAGCUACAUAUAAAGCUAAGUUUUACUCAGUGUUAAACAAUGAUUUUUAUAACGUCUUCGCCUCUUACGAAGCAACAAAAAUGUUUACGUGUUUGCAAUAUGCACAUACACAGAUAAUAGGCUCUCAAGAAGAUCCCAAGGAUAAUAUCAAAAUGUUAGCUCGAAAUUUAGAAAGGCAGUUUAUCGAAAUUAUGUCUCAGUUCGACGAUUUAAACCAAAAAGUUGUAAAAAUAGCAACGAAAGAGCUAUUUGAAGAAGACAGGAAAAUGAUGAAACAAGCACUUUUUGCGCAGAGAACCUUGAAAGAGUGUAACAUUCUAACAAAAUCUUUGUACUCUAGUUUUGAACCUCCACGGCCACGGCGAAGACAGCAAAUAACUAAGAAGACAGUAUCUAUGCAUAAGUUUCUGAUCUAG